CUAUAGCAAAGUCACAGGAAAGAUGCUUGGGAUACCCUAGGGGACUGAGAAUGGGGUUAACAUGCUCCUCCACAGGAAGACCACAGCUGCCUGUCCUUAUUACAGGAACCUGCAGACUAGGGUGGGGUCAGUGCUGAAGCUGGGUGCUUGCAGUUAGUCUUUCUCAAAAGAGAGAGUAGUAAAGAGUAUUGCGGAAGAUGUUGUUGGGCUGGGAGCUCUGACAUGAAAGAUGUUGUUGAACAGCCUGAGGUGCCUCAUCGCCAGAUAUGGAGCCCAACUAUGGGGGAGGCUUACUAGAUAUGGUUAAAGGAGGAGCAGGGAGACUCUUCAGCAACUUGAAGGAUAACCUGAAGGACACCUUAAAAGAUACUUCUUCUAAAGUCAUGCAGUCUGUUGCCAGUUACACCAAGGGAGAGCUAGAUAUUUCUUAUGUUACCUCAAGAAUCAUUGUUAUGUCCUUUCCUGCUGAAGGCGUUGAACUAGGAUUCAGAAAUCAUAUUGAAGAUGUACGGACGUUCUUGGAUUCAAGACAUCCUGACCACUACACCGUGUUCAAUUUGUCACCGAAGUCUUAUCGUAGUGCCAAGUUUCAUAAUAGAGUGUCUGAAUGUAGCUGGCCAGUGAGACAGGCACCCAGUUUGCACAAUCUCUAUGCUGUAUGUAAGAAUAUGCACAACUGGCUACAGCAGAACCCCAAAAAUGUGUGUGUCAUCCAUUGCAUGGAUGGUCGUGCAGCCUCAGCAGUUCUGGUCAGUGCAAUGUUCUGUUUCUGUCAUCUCUUCUCUAAUCCAGUCCCUGCUGUUCAGUUGCUAAACUCAAAGAGACCUGGGAUAGUACUCUGGCCAUCUCACAGAAGAUACCUAGGAUAUAUUUGUGAUCUAAUAGCAGACAAGCCCAUCCAUCCUCACUGCAAGCCUCUUACAAUAAAGUCAGUCACUCUCAGUCCAGUCCCCUGUUUCAAUAAGCAGAGAAAUGGCUGUCGACCCUUUUGUGACAUUCUCAUUGGAGAAACCAGAAUUUUUACAACCUCUCAAGAAUAUGAAAGAAUGAAGGAAUUCCGUGUUCAAGAAGGAAAGGUCCUAAUUCCGCUGGGAAUAACUGUCCAUGGUGAUGUUGUUGUUUCUCUCUACCAUAUGAGAUCGACCAUCGGGGGACGGCUUCAAGCAAAAAUGACAAAUACACAAAUAUUCCAGAUUCAAUUUCAUACUGGAUUCAUAGCACUAGGAACAACCACACUAAAAUUCACAAAGCCUGAACUGGAUGCAUGCGACUCUCCAGACAAGUAUCCUCAGUUGUUUCAUGUUAUGCUGGAGAUAGAGAUACAGUCUGCUGAUAGACAGACAGAGCUAACUCCUCCAUGGGAGAACUUCACAACAAAAGACAUCAAUCCCAGCAUUCUCUUCUCCUCUCACCAAGAACAUGAAGAUACCCUUGCUUUGGCAGGUAGAGGCCCAGUGGAUGCACCUCAGGAUAACCUAAAGAGUGUUGGACAGGGUGCGUUCUUCUCCUCUCUGAACUGGCAAGAUCAGAAAUCUGACAAAAGCAGUUCCCACCCCACCUCGGAGGAUCGGGCAGUGCUUGUGCAUGAAGAAAGCGAACAGUCGGAUGAUGAACUCUUGUCCCUUUCCAGUCAACACAGUAAUGCAAGUAGCGACAAACCUCAUGGAACCCCAAAACACAGCAAGAAACAGCAAGAACCUCCACUCCCACCACCACCUGUGGAUGUUGAUCUGCUGGGUCUAGAUGGUAGCCCCAUGAGCAAGAACGUCCCCACUCAGUCCACUGCUCUCCCUUCUAAUUCAGACUUGCUGAGUGAUUUGUUUGGGGUUGGUGGGCCGAGUGCACCUGGUCAAAGCGGACAGUCAGCUGCUGAAGAUGUCUUCCAUGUGGGUGGGACUGGGUCUGCGCAUUCGACCCCUCGACGUUCUGCAGCUUCAGCCUCCCCAUCUCCCUCCCCAAGAGUAGGAGAAGCAACAGCAUUUGACCCAUUUGGAGCUAGCCCUAAGCAGCCUGGUCCAGAUCUGCUUGGUUCUUUUCUUGGUUCACCAAAUGUCACCGGUGAUCCUUUCCUUCAAGCAACAAGAAGUCCUUCACCAACAGUACACAGUGAUCCUUUUCAGAUGGCGUCUAGUACACCAACUGUUUCCAUACAACCAGAUGUUUCAGGGGGUUGGGACUGGCCCAGUAAGCCAGCUGGCCUAAGUAUGGGAAGCAAGUCAGCUGCUACCAGUCCUACAGGUUCCCUUCAUAGCACUCCGACUCAUCAGCCUAAGCCACAAACUCUGGAUCCAUUUGCUGAUUUGGGGACUCUUGGUGCAAGUUUAGCAGGUGGUGCUUCAUUUGCUAGCAAACCCACCACUCCAACAGGACUAAGUGGAGGAUUCCCUCCAAUGGGUUCUCCGCAGAAGCCAUCUCCCCAGCCAAUGGGUGGUGGCAGCUGGCAGCAAGGUCCUGGCUACUCCUGGCAGCAAUCACAGACCAAGCCCCAGUCAGGCAUGCCACAUUCUUCUCCCCAGAACAGACCCAACUACAAUGUGAGUUUUUCAGCAAUGCCUGGCAGUCAAAAUGACCGUGGAAAAGGACUGGCCAAUUCUGACUCGAAACCAAAAGUGUCUGCUGAUUUUGAAGACUUGUUAUCUGGUCAAGGCUUUAAUGCCCACAAGGACAAAAAGGGACCCAGAACAAUAGCUGAGAUGAGAAAAGAAGAAAUGGCCAAGGAGAUGGACCCUGAAAAGUUAAAAAUUUUAGAAUGGAUUGAGGGGAAAGAGAGAAACAUAAGAGCCCUGCUGUCUACAAUGCACACAGUCUUAUGGGCUGGGGAGACUAAAUGGAAACCUGUUAGCAUGGCAGAUCUUGUAACUCCAGAACAAGUGAAAAAGAUCUAUCGGAGGGCAGUGCUUGUUGUUCAUCCUGACAAAGCUACAGGGCAGCCGUAUGAACAAUAUGCAAAGAUGAUAUUCAUGGAGCUUAAUGAUGCCUGGUCAGAAUUUGAAAACCAGGGUCAAAAACCCCUGUAUUGACAUACUGUCUCAGUCUCUGCUGCGGAUCUGUGCUAAUGCUUGUAUAGUCUCUUGUCACAACUCUUGAGAUUUUCACAGAUAAACCAAAUUCAGGCUGAAAAUUCUGAAGCUGAGAGAAUAACCUGUGAGCCUAAUACUUAUCAGGAAGAACAAAACUGAGGUUUCCUCAUAAUUGUAAUGAGAAUCCUGAAAGCACAGAGGAAUUCUUGCCACGAUUCCUAAUGGGAGUCGCAUAGCUACAGUUUCUUCUAAAACCCAGGGUUUUUCUUUUUAGAAUAAGGUUAGGGUGAAGGGAGGAAUGUUUUUUGGGGCGGGAGGGAAGGUGGAAUUGUCCUGUUUCAGACAUGUAAAAUGAAAAAGUCAGCUGUAUCUUAGAUGAUUUGAAAGACAACACUGCAAUUGGGCCCACUUAACAAGGAUAAGGGUCCAACUGUCAGCUCAGAUUUUGGAAUAGAGUUUUUCCAAACUUAAUUGCUCCAAUCCAAUGAUUUGCUUCAAAGUGCAUCUCUAACUGCUUGUAUGAUUAUCCUUGAAUAAAGCAGGGCUGAGCACUGGAUAACACUAUGGCAACUUAUGGCUGUUUAAAGCAUAGUACUGUGCUAAACUUCAUAUUAGUACUACAACAAGGCAGCAAAAUGGCUAUAGCAUUGAGUAAUUCAAAUUAGACAAGCAAGUAUUUGACAUUGUCCUUGUCUGAAUAAGCUCAAAAUGUCUUGUUUGGGAAAUAGUGAACUGAGUAUGCGCAGAAGAGGAUUCCACACCUGUAAAAGUGAAUGUGCACUGCACUUUCUAAGUUGCACUUAAUAUUUAAAUAAAGUGUCAGUCAUGGUGCUCUAGGAAAUUCCUAGAUUAGUUGGUUUCCUCUGUGAAUGUUAAGACUCUUAAUCCAUGUACAUCCCUCUGGUUUUAUUCAAUCCAGCCAACUGUUCAAAGUUUUCCAGAGCACUUGGGCAAAAGCUCUUGACUGGUUACAUUUCUGUUACAGCUUUGUUUGGUAAGACCCUAGCGUGCGAGGUCGUCCAGGUCCGUGUGGAAUUUGUCUGGUCCUUGAGCUACUGAGAGUGACAUCUGCUAAUUUUUAAAGCUGUAUUGGUCCAAAGCAAUAACUUCGAGAGGCAUCUAUGAUUUAAAGUAGAAGUCUUGUAACCUUGUUACAAGACCAGUUUUAUGCUUUCACCUAGGAUCUCUUAUUUUCUCCCCUUGUAGAGUAACUAAAACAACGGUUUGAUUGUUUGUUUGUUUGUUUUAAACCAGUGCUUCGUAUCUGCUUUAACUUUGACAGUGCGGUUUAUGCAGAGGAUGGGCAGCAAGGCUUCCUUCCAUAUUGAUUCAGUAACAAGAAGGGUCUAUAUCUGGUGUGAAAAUCUCUGUAAAAUGUGUGUUUUUAAAGACAAUCCACUCUUUGUUUAUGAAACCUACAUUUUAAUUUUCUAGUGGCAAAACUUUUACUGCAAAGACAGCAUGUCAGAGUACACUGCUUUCUGUAUAGAGUCAUCUUUUUGUUGUAUUGGUCCAUUAUUUAUUACUGUUAACUGACAAUGUGACACCACCAAACAGGUCUCAAUUUUAUAUAAAAGACCUUCAGAUGUUCAAGAUAACAGUAACAAACUGGAUGUUAUUUAUUAACAUAUUAUGAAAUGUUUUGAUCCAGUAUGUGCUUGUCUUAUUUAAAAGAUAAUUGGAAUGUGAAUCAUGUUCCUGUGACUUGUUGAUUUAUUUUGUUUCUCAUUCGCGUUUGUAGAUCUUGUGACCUAUGCCUAUAUAAUAAAAGAUCUCAUUCAUGUAACGUACAUUUUUUUUUUUUUUUUUUUUAAUAUAUGAUGAAAAUGACACUAGCUUUGUAUCAAGUCUGUCAUGGCAAAUGGCUCUGGAUAACUCAAAUGUCCACACAAUACAAACCUUCAUUAAACUUUAUAUAAUCUAGCAGAAGGAAUCCUACCCAACUAAAUUUUGAUUAUUUACAAUUCCCAAUGUUUUUAUGGAUGCAUGAAAGUAUUAGGACAUAUGUAUCUCAGAAUUAGUUAACUAUAAAAUGUUUCUUGUCAUCUGGUAGUGACGGAGCUUAUCAAUGUUCAGAUUUACUGUUUGACUAAAUUAUUGUAAUAUUUUUUUGUAAAUAUAGUAUAUACUCAAUGAAAUGUGACUGGUCUAAACCAUUUGUAUAUAUAUGUAUUAAAAAGCUCAAAUUAAUAAAUUUGGGUAUCCUUU